CCAAACCGACCUGAAAAACCCAGAAGCUAACGGCUAUAAAACUAAUAUGCGGAGUCUCUGUCUGUCUCACCCGCCCUUAUUUCUUCCUUCUUCUCCAGCGAUCUCAAAUCUCUCAUUUCUCUCUCUCUCUCUCGCUCUCCCACUCAACGAAUUUCAAGUUUCAAUUUUUCAAACCUCUGGUCGUCUGAUCUCAAAUCUCUAAUCGAUCAAUGGAGUUUCAGCGUUCGUCGUUCUCUUUCCGAUCUUCCGACUACUGGGUCCAUGUGACGCUGCAGGGUUUCCAAUCUCCGGCGGACUCUAAGUCCCAAUUUGUCGGCGAGCUUUCUCUCCAUCAAUACCAGAUUUUUCAGAAACGCUUCCACGCCUUUAUUCUUGAUGAAUUUCCACUGGGUCCUGAUCGAUAUGCUACACUCCGUUUCGCUCCCCGCCAACUCUUACUCCCCGAGUUGCGCGCUCACUUACGAUCUCUCUCCUCUUCCCUCAACCUUGAUCCUGCCAUCUACGAAGCAUUAGCCCCCUGGAUCAAAUCCAUGGCUCGGAAAUUUGCAAACCCUAAUGGCUCCAUGGGCUUUGUUAUGGUGGCUACGGUUAAAAUCCUGACCAUUGAAUAUGUCGACCAACUGUUUGAUGAUAUGUCUGACUCAAUGGCUUUGCUUUCGAUUGGUAGUAGUGAUGGCGGUUCAACUUCGUCGUCAAUUUCGUUGGACUUUGUGGUUGAUAAAUUGGGGGCAGAGAGAUAUUUCGAAAGGGGUGACGGCGACCUGGGUUCUUGCAGUGUGUGUUUGGAAGAAUUGUCUGAUGGAACCGCGAGUGAGCUCAUUCGGAUGCCGUGCUCUCAUGUCUAUCACCCAUCUUGCAUCCUUCGCUGGUUCAACAUGGAUAAGAAGACGUGUCCCAACUGCCGAUAUAAACUCCAUGUGCAAUGAGCGACCCGAUUUUGAUGCUGCUUUGUCAAAUAAAAUUUUGUGAUUCUAGUUAUGAUUCAUUAAUUCUUUAGUAUUCUUUGAUUCUGUAUUUGUUAGGAUUAGUGUCGAUAUAUGUACUUACUUUGUAAAUCCCUUUUACAAAAAGUAGUUGAAAUUGCAAUACUCGCAAUUUACGUACAUGGUUUUCAGUUACCAAUUAUUUGUUAUGAUGAAUGUCUGUAUGUCUAACAUCCUGUUUGGUUUAACUUUGUCUUUGUUGUUGUGUUCCUGGCGGAUAUCUUGUUCAUCCUGUUUUCUAAUUCCCUUUGGUUUUAAUAAAAUGUUGGAGAAAAAGCAAUACACAUGAUUUGUUCUUGAUUAUGUGUAAUGAUCUGUUUGGCUUAGACUUUCUUUACUUGAAAGCUACAAAAUUCUUGAUUUUCGUAGUUUGCAUAUUUCGGUUUCUGAUGAAUUAUUGUAUAUUACAACAUCUUAGUUCACUUGUGGCCGUCGAAGCAUGUGUUUAAGGGAGUACCUUUAGUUGACUUCUAGUUUAUCUUCUUAUCUAGCUGUGUAAAGAUGUAUUUUUGCAAUACAUGUUGGCCUAUUUACUUUGAAUUCUGAGCUGGAACUGGCAUUUCUUAAUCAAUUUCAAAUGGAAUGACUUCAUACUCAGAGAUCUUCCAGUAGAAAAAGAGCAUGAUAGUAUGGCGAGUUCUGGUUCUAAAGAAGAAAGGGACUGAAAAGACGACUUUUCAAAUACCUUUAUGUUCUCAUGCAUGAAUUAUCUGCUUUUGGGGAGCAUAUUAACAGCAAUUUCCCUUUUUUUUCUUUGGUGGGAAGGGGUGUUAUGGGAGGCUAUUCUGUUCAUCUUUUGUUUGGUUUUGGGAUAGUAUGGUCGUCGUACUGAAAUUUAAGGUAACAUUACUGUUUCCAGUCACUGAUAGUAUGUUCAUCUUGCUCUUGCACUUUCUGAUCGCUUUCUACGUAAUGGAGCUUCAGAUCAAUUACUUCAGCUAAUCAUAGAAUGCAGGGGAAAAAAUCUGGCAAGUCUCUGGACACUGUCGGGGUGAUAGGGAAAUUAACAUCUGGAGUAAUGGUUGGUAGUAUUGCAUAUAUGGUGGUAACUGGAUGCUGCGUUGCCAACUACCUCACAAUGUGUAGCUGCUAACUGCCUCAAAGUGAUUCCAUUAGGAAGGAGCUUUAGCCAAUGCGGCUGAAAGAAAUUGUUCAAACUGAUCUAACAACAAAAUUCCAACUCCGAUGCGAAUGAGCUGAAGGGAACAUCAACAUUAGCUUUGGAACACAGGAGAUUGGACAGAAGUCACAAGUUUAUAACUCUAUUAGACAUAAUUACAACGAUGUUUACAACUUUAUUUACACUAUUCAACACUUUCAGACUUCCUCAACUGACACUUUAGAGCUCUCUUUUUUUUCUUCA